UACAGACGCUCGAGUAUUGCGGAAAACCCCUUGAGGGAACUUCAACAAAUUCGUCAGCCGACCUGCACCAGUCACUGCUAAAAUGGGAGUCCAAAUAGAAACUAUCAAACCAGGCGAUGGCCAAACCUUUCCGAAAAAGGGACAGAGGGUCGAGGUGCACUACGAUGGUACCCUGACAGAUGGGAAGAAGUUUGACUCCUCUCGUGACAGGAAAACGCCUUUCUCCUUUAGAGUUGGGGAGGGGGAGGUCAUCAGAGGCUGGGAUGAGGGAGUUGCUCAGAUGAGUGUUGGGCAGAGAGCCAAGCUGACCUGCUCAUCUGACUACGCAUAUGGCCCAAAGGGGUACCCUGGCGUUAUCCCACCCAACGCAACCCUGAUCUUCGAUGUGGAGCUCCUUAAAAUUCUAUGAGAGUCUACAGUUGCCAUGGAUACCAGGAGAACCAUGCUUUUUCUCUCAGAAAAUUUAGCCCAGAAUUAUUCAUAGGAGUAGCUCCCUUCCCAAAUGUGUGUUGAUAUGUGCCUGGGUAUAACUUCUUGCUCUUCUUUUCAAAUGUUUUCAAAUCUAGAAACAGAGAAACCCAUUCCCAACAAAUUAUGCAGUGAUGUUACCUAGAUUAAAAUCCAUGUGUGUUUGUUUUUCUGGUGGACAGUAGAGAUCUCAACAUCCCUUGAAAGUGUCUUUUUUCUGGCUGCACACAUUAUGAUAAGAAUACCUUGAUAUUCAGAUAGCAAUCUUGAUAUUUGAAAUCCCACAAGAAGGGGGACUGCAAAAUGUCCUUAGAGAGGGAAGCUCUGUUUUUUGAAAAAGAAAUCCUCUCCAAAAGAAUUUUAUCCUAUAUACAGUUGCCAGCUUUCAUGUAAAUGCUGAUCCUGUAAUGUCUGCUCAUGUUACUACUGUAGGCUUCCCUCUAGUGCAUCUGUGAGAGAUGUCAUUGGCAGCUUGCAGAGUAAUCAAUGACACCAGAUACACUGUGUAUCAUUCAGGGAAACACAGCAUACUACAAGUCUGUUGUACAUGUAGAGGUCAUGCGAAUAAGCAGGAUCAUGGUUCCAACUGAGCAUACACAUCAAGAAGCACUGGGUUAAAUGUCAAAUGUUGAAGGUAGCUGCAAGAUAAACAAAACACAUCUGGACAUGAGUUGUUUAAGUAUGGUCCACACAAGAACUGUUUACACAUUAGGGGCCUUCACCUGUGACAUAUUACCCACAAUGCCUCUCACUGUGCAUAUGCAGUUGGGACCAUGAAACAGCUGACACCCAUGGACCUCAACAUGCCUGUUUAAAGUUGCUCUGUGCUCUCAAAAUGAUUCUGCUCAUUAAAAGAUUCACAAAAGAACUUUUUUUAAUAUAAGGCCUUGUUGAUUUGAUUAUAUG